GGCCACGAUUCCAUUCGCGGGUCGUGCUCGCUCUCAGUGUAGAGCAAACCGUUCCCCAGACUUGACGUACACAGGUGAUCAGCGCAUCGCGUCUGACUGUUGGUUACAGUGUUACUGCAUACAUCCAGGUCCAGGUGCUUCCAGUGGCAAAGAUACAUCCCACCACUCCUCUCCACCCAGUGACCGUUGGUUAGCAGAAGAAUACUGUGCGUGAUUUGUGGUUGAAUUCUUGUGUGAAAGUUAAAACACCCAAAACCCCAACAGACGUACGAUCCUCUCGCUUGCAGUGCCGUGUUCCACUAGAGUUGGGAAGACAAGACCAAACCUGUGCUGUGUGCGUGUUUGUGCGCGUGUGGCUUGCAGACAGAGCAGAUACGAUUGUAAUACGCUACGAAAAGUGAUCCAGACAACUCGCGAUCCGCUGGAACCGGUUCCUCAAGCACACCAACAACAGCAGCCGAACUAGGAAAAACGAUGCACAUUCAUCCGAGUUCACCAAACUCCUCCCAAUCGGAGGAUGAUGCGGCCACGAAAAUCCAGGCCGGAUUCCGAGGCUAUCGCGUCCGCAAGCAGAUGCGCGGACAGGGCACCAAUGCGGCCGGUGCGCCGGGCGGAGUAGGAGCUGGAGCCGUAUCCGGUGCAGCAUCCACUGGCACAGUGGAGGACAAAUCGGCCACCAAAAUACAGGCAAACGUACGCGGCUUUCUGGUGCGCAAGAAGCAAAAGAUGGCCACGGAGGCAGCGACCAAGAUUCAGGCCAGCUUCCGUGGGUUCAAGACGAGAAAGGAGCUGAAAUCGAUCAAGAAGGACAAAUAGAGAGUUCGAGGACUGUUUGGUGUGAUCGAGGGCGGUUGGCGAACGAUGCAAUCGAUCGGAGAACGAGAAGAAAAUGCGUUGCGCGUGCGUGUGUCGAUCGCUCGACUGCUUUUUUUUUCUUAAGGAACUGUUCAAAUGGGUAGUGUAAAGAGUGUUUGUAAAGAAAGGAAAGUUUUGAGGAUUUUUGUUUUGUUUUGAUGGGAAAACCAAGACAAGAUAGGAAUGUAGCCGUGCCAAAGGAUCGCCCGACCAGACUCACCAUCUGUUUUUGUACCUCGGAUCGGAAAAGUACGCAACGAAUGGGAUGAGUUUGGGGUUUUACAAUUUUCCAACGUUCUGUGUUCUCUGUGUAUGAGUACGAACAUCGUCGGCAACGUGAGUUCCUGCUGCGUGAUCUAUGUCCGUUCGUUCUGGUGGUUGGUUUUUCCCCCGACACGACGCGUGGAGAGUGGAUAAAAUUUGGUUGAGAAUAUUUUUAUGUCCGGUGAGCACAUUCGGGGCUUAAUGUCUUGUCUGUUUGGCGUGGAUGGCUGGCUAAUGGUGUCCGAGAGCGCGUGUUUGCAGUACCGAUGUUUACGGUGGUGUUGCGUUUCUAUAUCCGUAACGCAUUCCACAGUCUGCAUUGAUCGACGAAUCGAUCAUUUCAGCCCGUAUGUUUAACAACCCGUGGUGGUGACGGAACGGUUGUUCGGGUUUUGUUUGUGUACAUUUUCAUUUUCGAAAAAGAUGAACCGAAUAUCGCUGACUGACUGGCAAUGAUCACACCGAACUGCGUGUUACCUGGUGAAGUACAAAAAUCGGUAAUGCACGCACGCAAUGUCCAUCCCAUGGAUGAUCAUCGCCGAUCACUUUUCCCCUGGCACCUGGCAAAGGGGAGAAAUGGGAAAUGUUUUAUCUUGGUUUAUCUACUACCAUUGGCUUGCCCAUCGCACGCACACGCUAACCUUUUUCUGUUAAAGGGUGUAAAUUCAACAAUAUCAUAAAUCAUCGUUCUAGUUGAUCGCGCGAUGAAGCGCGCUGAGUUGAUGAAUUAUAGAGUUAGAGGCAAAGUUGAACAUCAAUACUAGGUUCCUACAUUUUCCAGUGUGCGUUGAAAACCCGAUCACAUUUAGUCUAGCACGGACGAAACCCGAGAUAGCAGCACGAUCAAGAGAACACACAGCAGGAAGAAAAAUCGACUGAAUACGAAUGCUACUUGAAAAUGGAUAUAUCUAACUAGAUCACUGCUCUUUUCCACGAACCAGAGAAGGAAAAAAAUCCCCUUCCCCACAGCCGUCUUGAAUGCUUUCCCCGUACGCGCCAUUUCCCGCAAGGAACGUCAGAGCUGAGUGUAAAAGUGAAAGCAAUUAGCUCGCUGCCAGUGUGGUGCUUACGCACAUGCAAACGCACGCCCAAAUACGUACGGUUUGACGUGAACCAGAUCAACUAACCAGACGCACUGGCCGAAAACUGUGGUGCUACUUGUGAGCGGGCUGUGGUUUGGGAUUGCAAGGGACGACUAGUGGGGUAUGUCUUCCAACCCGGCUGGAAGUGUUGACGGUGUUCCCCGUACAAGAGUCAGAGAGCAGGUGCACUGCAGAGUAAAAGUAUUUGUCUAAUUGUGCGUUACUUCUCUUUUUAAACUAGUGAUAUAGCAGUUCGUUUUUAUGUGACAAUGUAGAAGUGAGAAUAUAUGAGAAUGGGCCAACCGUGGAUGGAACUGUACUUUGUAGCAUUGCAUGUACGCGAGGAUGUGAAAUUUGUUAAUAAAUAAUAGAUUAUAUUGAAUUUUAAA